AUGCCUGAUAUGAAAUAUAUCCUUGUUACUGGUGGCGUUAUAAGUGGCGUAGGAAAAGGUGUCAUCGCUAGUUCUUUUGGCACAAUUCUUAAAAAUUGUGGUAUUGAUGUAACAUCAAUAAAAAUCGACCCCUAUAUUAAUAUUGAUGCAGGAACCUUCUCUCCUUAUGAACAUGGUGAAGUUUACGUGCUUGAUGACGGUGGCGAAGUAGAUCUUGAUCUUGGCAACUAUGAACGUUUCUUAGACAUAACAUUGCAUAGGGAUAACAAUAUUACUACAGGAAAAAUAUACCAACAGGUUAUAGAGCGAGAGCGUCGUGGUGAUUAUUUAGGAAAGACAGUGCAAGUUAUUCCACAUAUUACUGAUGCAAUUCAAGAAUGGGUGCAGAGGGUUGCACAUAUCCCUGUCACACCAGAGAACAAUCCGCCAAGGGUUUGUAUUGUGGAACUCGGUGGAACAAUCGGUGACAUUGAAGGAAUGUCCUUUGUUGAAGCAUUCAGACAGUUUCAGUUUAGGGUUAAGAGGGAAAACUUUUGUUGUGCUCAUGUCUCAUUAAUACCUAUGCCAAAAUCAACAGGUGAACCAAAAACAAAGCCUACACAAUCUUCAGUGAGGGAAUUGAGAGGUCUUGGUUUGUCACCAGAUCUCAUUCUAUGUAGGUCAGAGAAACCUAUAAACCACAAUGUGAAAGAGAAAAUUUCUAACUUUUGUCAUGUAGCCCCAGAUCAGGUCAUUUGUAUUCAUGAUUUGAGUUCAGUGUAUCAUGUGCCACUUUUGAUGGAGGCUCAAGGAGUUGUUCAGUACUUGAAUGAAAGGCUACAGUUAAAUAUUGCUAUACCUAGACCUGGCAGGUUCAUGCAAAAAUGGCGAAAUCUAGCAAAACGGGUAGAUAACUUAAGGAAAGAAGUGAAUAUAUCUCUUGUUGGCAAGUAUACAAAAUUAGAGGACAGUUAUGCCAGUGUUACUAAAGCUCUUCAGCAUGCGAGUAUAGCUGCUGGGUGCAGAUUGAAGUUAACAUAUAUUGAAGCAGUUAAUUUAGAAGAACAAACGAAAAUCGAUAAUCCAGUUAGCUAUCACAAGGCCUGGCAAGAAGUUUGCAAAAGCGAUGGUCUCAUUGUACCUGGUGGUUUUGGUCAGAGAGGCUUAGAAGGGAAAAUAGAAGCAUGCCGUUGGUGCCGGGAAACUCAAAAGCCGAUGUUAGCUAUAUGUCUGGGCUUACAAGCAGCUGUCAUAGAAUUUGCUAGAAAUGUGUUAGGUCUUAAGGGAGCUAAUAGUACAGAAGUUAAUCCUGACUGUGAGGACAAGCUCGUUAUUGAUAUGCCAGAACAUCAUCCUGGAAACCUUGGCGGUACCAUGAGAUUUAUACUUGCUUCUCUUGGAAAACUGAAAAAUUAUAUGUCAAAGGGUUGCAGAUUCAGUCCUAGGAAUCAGUCAGAUGUUAGUUCAGAUGAUGAUCUUCGUUGA